GCAUCAAACUCUGACCCCUGAAGCAGCUACACCUGUUGGGGCAACAACUCAUGGCCUAAUGAAAUUGUUUCUGAGGGAUUUCAUAGUGAACUCAACUUUCUUCCCAGUAAGUCUAAAUUUCCUAUCACUAGUGUCUUGAAAGUUCAAAUUGUGACCAAUGCGCUAUGGAGUCUUUCAAGUAGAGAACUUUUGGAGUUCGAUGUCCCCGUCCCCGAUGGGUCGUGGAGGAGGUAGCUCCGCUUCCAGACGCGGUCUGAAGCAAGGGAGUUGGGUGGUUGGACCUGGAGAGAGGGGCAGAGAGGAAUCGGUCGGUGACAAGGUGAUGGUUGUGUUCGGGGGUGAGGAUGAUGUCAUGGAAAGGGUUGGAGCCGGAGAGGAGGUGGGUGGCGGCCAAGGAAUCAGAGUUUUGGAGGACGGUGGGUAGUAGAAUUGCGACGCAGGCGAAGUUAGCGGUGGAGACGAUGAGCACGAUGGAAGGAUUCACGACGGUGAAAAAAUCAUAAUUAAAGAAAUUUGGAUUUUCUUAUUUUAAUUUAUAAUAAUUAGCCGGAAAAUAAGAAAUAAUUUUUUUUUAAUUGCCACGUCACUCAUUUAACGGUCAACUGUAAUAGUUGACCGCCACAUCAGCAAAAGUUAACAUAAACUAACGGCCAGUGACCAAACUUGAACUGUUAACCCAAUUUAAGUGACUACGGAUGGAAUAAAGUAAUUCUAUUGGC